CACGAGCAGCGUGAGCGAAGCCGAGAAAAGAACGCGUGAAAUGUGUUCCACCCCUUCUGAGUCCCGAAUCCAAAACUAAUGAAACAGAGUAACGGAUACGUUCAAGAACCAAUGUCUUCACCGGAUCCGGAUCAAGAAGUUAUCCCCCAAGAUGACCAUCAAGCAAAUAAUAUUUCUACAACAUUCAACUCCAUUGAAGGCCCUCAAUUCAGCCUUGCUAUCAAACCCAAAGGGACUCCGCUCUUCCGCCUGAGCGCCCUCUACAAGAGCAGAUUAAAGUUCUGCAUAUUCCUCCACUUCCUACUGUUCCUAGCUAUGUUAGCGAAACUUUCCGAAGAUAUCCUAGAUAGAUUGGAUGUGUUCAUUCUUGAGUUAGAAGAGUUAUAUAUACCAAAACCCCUGCCAUGGGAAUGGCUCUGGACAGCCAGCAUCCUCUUUGCCAUCGUGGGUCUGAGAGCCCUAUCCCGAAAUAGACUGUCUGCCCUCAAUUCGUAUGCUGCAGGUACCUUUGUCCUAGCUAUAUGCCCUCUUCUUGGAGCAGCAAUCUAUUUUUUGAACGACAUCUUGGAGUAUGCCGAGAAAAAAGGCGAAGCAGAAGUACAGAAAUGGCAAGGCUAUCCCGUAGCUGUUUAUUGGUAUGGUUUUAUCAUGGUUGCCUUUCAAAUCCACAUGUUUUCAAUAUUUUUCGCUGCAAAGUUAAUCAAAAUUUGGCGUGUGAAAAUGAAACGAUUCUGAUCGAAUGUUAUCAAAUGCUUAUAGAAAUUGGACUAUAAGCCUACUAAAUUUUUAUCAAAUUUUACACUAUUUUUCCAGUUUGAUAUGACAUGAGGGACUCCAUUACAUUUGAUCAUCGUGGUAAUGUUUACACCACCAAAGUAAAAUGUCAUUUCAAUUUCUCCUGAAGCAAGAGCUAAAGAGUCUGUCUGAAACACCAGUUUAGGUAUAUUAAAGUUGGUAAUCAUUUUUAAGCAUUAUCAUUUCAAAGCUUAAUCUGGUUUUAAUGGCAUCUUAGCCACAUAAUUUGGAAUGUUGAUGCUGAGAAUAUUCACCUACAUUUUAUUCAAGUUGUAGCAUUUCAGUCCUAAAUCAUACUUCUUAAAUAUAGAUGGAGAAAAAGCAUAAUUUCUUUGAACAAAUGCUUAGAUUUGUACUAAUUUCAAAUUGAAAAUGCUGCCCUAUAAAGUUCAGUACAAGAAAAUAAAUAGGUUUAUUAGUUUCGUUAGUUUCGUAUACAUUGUUUUGUAUUUAAUCUGAACUCACUAAUAAGCAGAUAAUAUUGUUCUUUAUUACAUUUCAUGAAAUGUAUGUAUCUGUGCUGUAUAAAUAAAGAACUGUCACCCGAAUUUGCUUCUGAAAUAAAUUGUCGCGAAACUUGCUAAAAAAUUUAAAUUUUAUGACUACUGAUAGGUUUUGUGGCAGCAAAUUCGGAUUGGUGAAUUUGAAUUCUAACAGCAAAGUGAAUUAGUUUUAGUGCUAUGCAUCACCCUCUACUCGACAGCAGUGUAACAUAAUUACAGAAAGUUUGCUAUUGUUACGUUUGUAAUUGAAAUUACGACAUGAAUUUUUUAAAGAGUUUUAUAGAAGUUGAUUGUUUCAACUCUCAACAUGGUGAGAAAGGAGUGAGUCAUUGUGUUAUUCCAUAUGUUUUUCUCUUGAGCUUCCUCUCAAAUGUAUGAACUUCCUAGAGAUAUCAAACAUACCAAAUUUCACAUUUGCCAUACUGUUACGUGUUUCUACUUCAUUUUAUGCUAUGUUUUGAGCUCAUUGUAAAGUUAUUAUUUGGAAAAAUGUUUCUCCUCCGUUCAGCCACUGACAACACUUCAUUCAAAAGAAAAUCAUUAUUGAAAACUUUCGUGAAAAUUUCCCAAACUGUAAUCUUUAUCAUUAAUUUGAAUAGUUGUGUAGAUUCAAUUUGUAUUUUUUGUUUCAAAAACAGCAAAUGUAUAUAUUUCAUUUAAAAGUUUUACAGUGUAGCCAUUAUAAAUUUGAAUGUUAUGUUUCUAAAAUUAAUGAAACGAAAUAAACUCGAUAAAAUAAGAGCAAUGUUUUUGUUUUCGUUUUGAACAGACGCGGUUUUUUUUUUUUUUUCUUUUUCUUUUUUUUUUUUUUUUUAACGCAGUGAGUAAACUUAAGCACACGCCUUUAGUAUUAAAACCUGAUAUAUUUGAAUUGUAAAAAAAAUUUAAAAAAGAAAGACAUCAUCUAUUUAUUUACGUAACAAGAAAAGUAUAAUUCAUAAAAACUACCAUGGAUAUCGAGUUUAUUUUUAAAAAGUCAACACAUAUAUUUUUCAAUUAACACCUACAAAAAAAAAAAAUCUUAAUGCUUUGUCUUACAGCCAUCUAAAUACACAUAGGUUUUAUAAACUAUUCCGUCAUAGAAAAAAACAUGUUUUUUUUUUUUCGAAAAACGAGAUGAUUUAUAUUUACUACGGUGCAAAUUUUUCACUAUUUUUUUCCUUAUAAGAUGAUACUUCUUAAGUAAAAGCAUUUAAACUAAAUAGUUUAUAAAUCAUCAUCUUCAUAAAACAUUUUUAUUCUUGCGUGUUGCGAAAGGAGAACAAGGUGUAGAAUACGGCUUAGUUUUGAUACAUUUGAUUUUGGGACAAAAAGAAAAAAAUUUCAAACAUGUGCUACGUCGAAUUAUUUAGAAAAAUUUUCACUGUAUUCAUUUUUCCUUAGAUUCUAAUUACAUUUACUGUAUUAAUUUUAUUGAUUGGAGAAAAUAAGAUACAGUUCUUUAUGUGCAACUACUGUUCAGUUAUUUUUAAAAAUUAAAUUUUUGCCAGAUAAACUAACCAUUGUUAUUCAGUGUGAACAAUAUUUUAAAACCAUUGUUUCUAACUAUCAUAACUAUCUAUUACAAAUCCACAAGCAAGAUAAUUUCGAAGAAAAGCAGUUUGGCUUUGCUCGAAUGGAAAUUAUUCGUCAGCGAAAUAUGUUUAAAAACCAAGACCCUUCCAAUUCCAAGCAAAAUGUCUUUAAAAUUUGAAUUAUUUGAUGCUCUAUGGAAAAUCACUUUGUUUAGCUCAGCGUGAUAAGUAUCAUUGUUGUAUAUUAAGUUAUUAUUCAAUAAAUAUUUUUGUCGAA